AGCUUCAGUAGCAUUGGGUUUCGACAGUUGUUAUAAAGAGAUGAACAACACAUAUAAAAAUAGUUGUACUGCACUGGUUGUUCUCUAAAAGUAGUCAGAUGCUCGUCAAUCCGUGGUUUCGACUGUGCUGUUUGUGUAGCCGUGUAGUUUACAGCAGCACAGGAAGAAGAGGAUGGAGGACAUUGACAGGACACAGCAGUCUGAGACAUGUUAACAUCACAGAGGUGCAACACUAUGACACGGUAGCACCAGGACGCCUAUACCACAGUAAUUCUGGGGACUUGUACGAUAAUGAGUCUGUUCAGAGGUAUCUUCAGCAGCUCAUGGAGGAAUACAGAGACCUUAGCAAGACGUUAGAGCAUGCACACCUUAGCGAGUCAGAAAGAAAAGUGCUUACAAAGAAACACAAUGAGCUGCUGCCUCUGGCAAAUGUGUUUGGGAGUAUUGAAGAAGCCCAGAAAGACCUUGAUGAAGUCCUUUCACUUCUGCGUGGUUCCUCUGGUGCCAGAGAUGAAGAUGAACUGACCCAGCUGUUGAAAGAGGAGGAAGCUGAACUCUCCCAGAACAUUCUAACUUUAAGAAAAGAUCUGAUCAAAGCUCUUGUGCCCACUGACCCUCUUGACUCCAGCGAUGUUCUUUUGGAGGUUGUAUCGGGACGAACAACAGGAGGUGACAUCUGUCAGCAGUUCACCAGAGAGAUGCUUGACAUGUACCAGGGUUUUGCUUGUUAUAAGAACUGGGACUUUGAGAUUUACAACUACACACCUGCUGAGUACGGUGGUCUGCACCAUGCAGCAGUAAGAGUUGCUGGGGAAAAUGUGUACAGACAUCUGAAGCAUGAAGGAGGAACACACCGGGUGCAAAGGAUCCCUGAGGUGGGCCUCUCCUCUAGGAUGCAGCGCAUCCACACAGGAACCAUGACUGUCAUUAUCCUGCCUCAGCCAGUGGAGUUUGACAUCAGCAUUGAUCCAAAGGAUCUUCGCAUUGACACAUUCAGAUCUCGGGGCGCUGGGGGCCAAAGUGUCAACACAACAGACAGCGCAGUGCGCAUUGUUCAUCUUCCCACUGGAAUAACAGCUGAGUGUCAGCAGACUCGCUCUCAGCUGCAAAACAGAGACACCGCCAUGCAUGUGUUGAAGGCCAGGCUCUACCAGAGCAUUAUGGGUAAAGAGACUGAGCACAGGCAUACAGCACGAAAGCAGCAGGUGGGCACACGAUCACAGUCAGACAGGAUUCGAACCUACAACUUCAGCCAGGAUCGUGUCACAGACCACAGGACUGGAUAUGUUACUAGAGAUAUUAAGUUUUGCAUGUGUUCUGGACCAUGUUUAGGAGUUCAUGAGAGGAGGGGAGGCUCUCGAUGAUCUGAUCUCUGACGUACUUGAACACGCAAGGAGGGAGGCUCUUCUGGAGCUGGUGGAGAGCAGCAGCAGUACAAAAUGAUCAGAGACCAGACACUGUGGAGACUGACACCCACUGCCCCUUACUGUCAAGUGGACUGUGUGUCAUCUGCUGGAUGUAUUUCUCUGACGCAUCUUAAAGUGCUGUGGCUACAUGCCUGAGCUGAGCCAUAUAUUGUAUUCAUUUUGCAGUUUACAUGUAUGCUUCUGUAAUAGUCACAUUACAAAGGAUGCAAUGUGAGACAAACUGCAGCCAUCAGUCAUAACUAAGAGGUUUUUAUUUUUGUAAUAAAAUAUUAAAAUGGA